CUUAUUGGUUCGCAGCCUCUCCUGGGGGCAGACGCACCCCCCCCCGCCCCUGAGAAAGACACACACACACACACACACACACACACACACAGGAGGGAGCAGCGAGCUGCCUCAGCGCUCAGUCUCGCGUUCCAUCUCCAGAGUGGCACACCGCAGCAGAGCCAGUGGGGCCAGGCUCGCCACACACCGGAGGACUCCAUAGGCACCCACAGCUGCAGGACUGCUCCGAGACAAGGCAGCAGCGGCACCCACGCGCCUUGCACUCCGCGUCCAGGUUUAUCAAGGUCCCUGAGCUGCGGUCACAUCAAGGCAUCUUAGCGCUGCUGCACCCGAGAGGAGCCUCGGAGUCCGAGCUCACCUGAGCUGGAGAUGAGAGCUAAGAGAAAGACUGCAAAACCGUGAGGAGUCAGGGGCCGGGAUCUGAAAGAAACGGGAAAGCGCGGGGCGAGGGGCGCGGGCUCAGAGCUGUGCAGCUCCGAGGGCUGGAGUCCGCUGCCGCGCAGCAGAGACAGCAGAGCCCGAAGGGAGCGCCUGGCGGGGUCUGCCGGCCCGGGUCAGCCGCGCGCGGCAGGGAGGGCGAGGAGCGCCAUGUAGGCACUGGGUACUGCGGAACUGCGCGGGCCAAGUGAGGUGGUCCCGCCAGGGUCAGCCAGACAGACGCCGGGCCAUGUACGGCGACUUGUUCAACGCCACGGGCAGCCCCGAGGCGGCGGGAGGCGGCGCCCUGGCCCCGGGAGCCACGGUCAAGGCGGAGGGCGCCCUGCCGCUGGAGCUGGCCACCGCGCGCGGGGUGCGGGACUGCUCGGCCACCAAGCCCGACCUGCCUACCUACCUGCUGCUCUUCUUCUUGCUGCUGCUCUCCGUGGCGCUCGUCAUCCUCUUCAUCGGCUGCCAGCUGCGCCACUCGGCCUUCGCCGCGCUGCCCCACGACCGCUCUCUGAGGGACACCCGGGCACCCUGGAAGACUCGGCCGGUUUAGCCCUCCAGGCGCCCAGAGCCUCCACCAUGAGCCGGGCAGAGCACACUUGGCACCGAGGGGCGCUGGCCCCGAACACUUCGCCUGACCCAAAGACCCAUUUCAGCCCCGAGCAGUACCGGAGAAUAAAGGGGGCUAGAGGCAGUGCUGGCUGCGCGGGGUCCCGCUGCCAGUAUCACCAGGUCCUCCGCUGGCAGAGUCUUUCCUCCCAGGACUGUGGGUCCAGCGAGGAACCAGCCCGACUGACCGUGUGUCCACUCGGGCACAGGAGCCCUACCUGCUAUCGGCUGACUUUGUUACGCUGCCCAUAAAAGGGGCCAGCACCAGCGUGUAACUAGCCAGGGGGUGCCUGCGCGGACUGCCUGGUUCCUCAGUUGUCUCCCGGUGGCUGCUCCUGCCUCUUUUGCUCCUUGGCACUGAUCCCAGGAUCCGAGCGUGAAUUCAGCUGGACCUUGGAAUGAUGGCACUCGGAGACCACCUCACCCAGUAAAAUGACUGAACUACCUAAUUCCUUUGUUGGGCAGAAGAGGAGGGGCGCCCGGUGGAGGGGCACCUACAGGGCGCUGCAGACGGAAUCCUUGUCUCACUUCUUCAGGGAUCACAUUUCCACAUUAAAAACUCAACGAAUUAGAUCCAGCGUUGAGAAAAUUGGUCACUGCUUGCAACUCUUGGAAAAGAGGAUUAAGAGAGGUAGAGGGAAGCAGGAAGAGAGCCAAGCUGCAAGGGCCUCCUCCCCGCUCGCUGUGGCUGGCCCAGGUCAGUUUGAUGUCGCCUCCUCCUUUCUAGCUUUCCUCAGGGCCAAUUACUUACUCUGCAAAGUUUUUUCAGAGCUGAAUCCAGGGAAAAUUGCUACCUAUCCUGCGGAAAGAAUUCUAGGUAACAGGACUGACUCCACUAGACUCUCUGCUGGGCAGUUUCUCCCUCCCACCUGUCUGCCCUUUCUCUCUCAGAAACUUUAUUAGGUCUCAAGCCUCAGGAGAGCCAUCCUGGACCAGACUCAUCCAGGAUGGGACAGUGGGGCAGCUGCAUAGUAUUUCCUUCUAAGUAGGCAGAAGCCAGCCUUGGAAAAUCCUACAGGAAAAGAAAGAAAAAAUAAAUUAAUAAAUUUUUAAAUCCUGUUAGAGGAGUUUCAAACUUGAGAAGAAAUAGAGAAGUUUGCAAUACCAUUGAUCAUUUUCAAAAUUAAUGCACAUCCAGAGAAUCUUUUUUGUGCAGGAGCUUAAGAGUUUCAGGUGGGAUGAAAAUACUAGCCUAGCAUACAGCAAACUGUGGGUUUAUUCCUUAGUAAUGUGGGGGGGGGGUGGAGAGGGAACAAUAAAAAAAUCCUUCCAGGAAUCUCCUGGAUCAAAGGUACAGUAGAGUUUAAAGACAUUUUGACUGGAAAAGAAUUUGACAGAUUAUUUGAGAAUCUGAAGCAAGAUAAUGACUCUUGCCCCUGGCUAAAAUAUAUAGCUAGGAAGUUUUGCAACAUUUAUAAUGUUUAUCAGACACUGAAUUAUUCCGCAGGCAGUCAUGUCUCCUCAGCCACUCUCCAAGAUUCCCACCUUCUAGGCACCAGAGAGCAUUUCAGCUUAGGCUUCGGAAAUGUGGUCAAACUAAUCUGGUCCACAGUGAAGGUAACUUGGUUAUUUUGCAUGACCCUUAGCUGCACAGAGGACUAACUAGGAAUAAAAGUGCUAAAUCUGAACCCCUAAAACUGUAUGCUGCUGAAUUAAAAGCCCCUUCAGCCUUGAUUGGAGAGUUGUGAAAAGCAGGAGACCAAGGCAAGGGCACAGCACACCUCUAGCACACCUCUGGGUGGUCUGGUUUGAAAUUCCAACUCCUUUUGAGAAAUAUGUUACCUUGCGUGAAUUAUAACCUUAGUCUGUGCCCUGGCUCUCCAAGGCUGAAUAUUAGUAUAACCAAUGUAACCAGCUAGCCCAAUGCUUGCACAAAGUGGGCACCUAAAUGAUAUCUAUUACUUUAACUCUGCUGAAGGCUUCAGGCAGCAGAGCUGACAGAUGCAGAUCCAUGUGCUCUUUACUGGGGCCACUGACUUCUAUAAUCACAAACACAUGUAGGGGCUGGUUUCUUCAGGGAAGAACAUGAGUGAAUGACUGGCUUUGAAGUUCCUAAAUCCUCACAGCUAGAGCCACAGGGGUUGAGGAGACUCUUAGAGUCCCUUAAUGAAACCCUGGUGCAAGGAAUCAAUGGUAUUAGAAACAAAAAAUGUGUAGAUGGAUGGACACAGCUUGGAGAGUAUCUUUCUGAUGUCUCUGUGCAGUUACAGUAGCCUCUGCCACCUAAACCAAAACUUGCCACUUCAGAUAGAUCCUUCUGGAAUAAAUUCCUGGGUAAUUGGGCUUAUAUAAACCUGCAUCCUAGAAAGCAAGCCGGGCCCAUGAGACUAUUAUUUGUUGGCACUGUGACCCUAAACAACAUCAUUCCCCUUUUCAGGAUAACACUGAAAAAGCCAAGAAGUUACAGGGUCUUUCUCACUUUGGAUCCUGCCUCAGAUUCUCCCUCGGUUGAAGGGAUAUGGCCAAGUUCAUGUCUGCCCUCUGCUAAUACACAGAGUAAGUUAGCGCCAAUGUUAUACAAUCGAACGGUGUCAUGGACUCAAUGAAUAUAUGUCCAACAAUGUAUGUUGAACCUAGACUCUCAGAAUAGCUGUAUUUGGAGUAAGGAAUUAAGGUUACAUGAAGUCAUGGGUAGGAUCUUGAUCCUCUGAACCCCCAGAGCUCAUGUUCUCUCCAGGAACUGAAAAAAGGCUAAGCAAGGUGUUGCUCAUCUACAAGGCUGGAAGACAGCCCUCUGCAGAAACGGAACCAACCUUAAUCAUGUACUUUCAGCUUUCCAACUGUGAGAAAAUAAACUUCUGUUGUUUAAGCCA